AUGCGACAUAAAACGAUCGUGACAAUAAUUAUAUUAUUAUGGCAUGUUUGUGUUGCUCAAAACACACCAGCUGACGAUGAAAUAACUUCAAAAAUCAAAAGAGUAGAAAAUGGAUUACGUUACGCAAUAAAUGUGGAAGGAAAAUCUGUUCCAAUAUUUACAAUUCAUGAACGAAUGAAACAUUAUCAUGUUUCUGCAGUUAGUAUAGCUUUGAUAAAUGAAGGAAGAAUCGAAUGGACGAAAGCCUACGGUUAUCUUGAUGCAGAAUAUAUGAAAAGAGCGAAUACAUUUACAUUGUUUCAGGCAGCUUCUAUCAGUAGACCAGUAUCAGCAAUGGUUGCUUUGAAAUUGGUGGAACAGCAAAAACUUGAUCUAGACGAAAAUGUUCAUACAUAUCUUCGAUCGUGGAAGGUAAAAAAUACAUCGUUCACUGAAAAAGAAUCCGUCACUUUACGCCGACUUCUUACACAUACAGCUGGUCUUACUGUUCACGGCUUUCUUGGCUAUGCUGCAAAUGAAACAUUACCGACGCUUAUACAAAUUCUCAAUGGAGAAAAUCCAGCUAAUUCAAGACCUAUUAUUUCUGAUCACACUCCAGGCAGUCAUUGGCAAUAUUCAGGAGGUGGAUAUGUUCUUUUACAGCAAUUAUUAGAAGAUGUAACAGGAUGGGAUUUUUCUUCGUUGAUGCAACGUUCUGUACUUUCUCCAAUUAAUAUGAAACAUAGUACUUUUCAACAGAUACUACCCCUGUCGUGGCAGUAA